AAGAAGAGGCUGAAGUUCCUGUAUUAGUCAUCACACGUCAUAUAUGUCAUAAGUUACUUGGAUCUGACCUGGCCUUAGUCCCUAUCAUUACUGCACAAACAUAGACAAACAUCUCUUUCCCCCUUUGUCCUGGCCAACCUCCCUUAGUGGCUCACGGCCAUUAUCUCAUUGGCAGAAGAAGAAGAAGAAGAGAAGAAGGUUUUUCUGUAUCACCCUCUCUGCUGUGUCAUUCGAAUUUGGCCUUCGACCUCUUCAACUAUAGCCCGCCAUACUUCAACUCCGUGCCUCACCCUUCACCGUCUCAUCCGCUCGUUGAUCCGUGACCCAUUGCCUUUGGCUGUCUGCCACACCGACAAGAAGAGUGUAAACAUGCAGGUCGUACACUUCUCGGAUAGCAGCCAUACACAAUACCAAGAGCAAUGGCGAGGAGAUCAAAGAACGUACGAAGAAAAGCCAACAUUGGAGAAGGAGAACGAAACUUCUUACGCCUUGCUGAGAACAGUACUCCUUGUGACUCUUGUUAUGGGGACAUUUGGAGCAGUCUAUUGGAUUGCACGUCACGAAUGGAGACCAACACCGGACGACGAAGAUAUCACCACCUCCACCCAUGAACAUGUCGUCGUACCCAAACUUCCUCCCAAAUACCCAUUUCCCGAUGCGGGCUAUGAAGACUAUGAAGACGCUCCUCACUGGCUCACGACGCCAACGGCCGAGAUACCCGAGACGACUGCGAAGGCGACCAUGUCAACACGCACCACGAAACAUCCAGACACUGACAAAGUAUGUGAUACCGAAGACUGCCAAUACAUGCGGUGGCUUAUUGACGUGUCCUUGAACACAGGGAAAGAUCCUUGUGAAAACUUUUACAGUUACGUCUGUAACGGAGCUCAGGAAAACUUAUCUCACUGGUAUGAUCCGACCAAGGCAUUCAAUAUGGAAGUCAUGCGGCGCAACGUCACCUUAAAUAUGGCCAGGCAUUUACAAGACGUAAAGGUCCCUGGCAGAGGGCAAACAGGAUAUCAAAAAGCAGCCGCGCUCUACCAACACUGCAUCGAUAUCGAUAACGUUACGACUACUGAAGCCUUGAGACAGCUUUUAACGCAGCAAGGAAUGAGUUUUACAAGUGACAUGAAAUUCGACCUACUCGAUGUUAUGGUGAAAUUUAUUUUUGUUUUCGACAUUACCCUCAUAUUUCGCAUAGAAAAGUCAUACAGGGUGAACGACAAACCAGUUGUGCUCCACAUGAGACAAGACUCCUGGAUGUUACUACACACCGUCAAGAAAGACAGAGAGGCGAGGAAGGAUAAGAUUACGCUACUUUUAUCGGAAAUCCUCUCCAUGGACCUCCGCGAUCUCCCAAAUGAGAUCAUUGCUGCGGAGAAUAAUUUAGCCUAUCUGUCGCAAGUUCAGUACACUGGCAGCAAAACGUCAGGAAGCAAGAAGCUUCUGUUCCUGUUCUCGAAGUUAGGCCUUUUGGUAAACAACGACACGACUUUGUCAGAACGGUGGAAUCAAGCCCUGGAGGAUAAUACAGACUCGAGACUUCCGAAAGACGUAAAAGUCAGUAUGACAGUUAACGAUGUUCAUUUCUUCCACAAUUUAUUCGGCAAAUUCAGAAAUGCAACGGCAAAUGAAUUAAGGAUAUUCUUUGCAUGGAAGACUGCCCGUUACCUGUAUGAAGCUUCCUUGUUGAACCCAUCGGACAGUUAUUCGCCUAAUCUUCUGAAUAUUUCCAUGUGCCUGGACAAAACUACGAUAAUGUUCCCGAAAACUGCAGGUUCGGGGUUCCUGUUCCCCAUAGUGAACAGUUCGAGGCUGAAUCUCGUCAGGGAUAUUAUUCAGACAAUUGUCCACGAGAUUAAGAAGUCCUUCGAGUCUUCACGUAUGCUGGACGAGACAACUCGCGUUGGAGCUCUGAAGAAACUUUCUCUGAUGAAAAAAGAUAUUGGUUACUUGCCGGAAUUUAACUCCGCCAUGAAAAUAGACGCCUUCUUCAAAGAUCUUCCUGACCUAAAUGGAACUUUCAUUGAGGACUACAUUCAGGUCCAGAAGUUUUGGACAAAGCGCGAGUGGAACGAAAUACUGGGCGACUCCUCACCCAUCGAAACCACGUUUCCUCCAUAUUUCAUAAAUGGUGCUUACGUGCCGACGGCAAAUCGCAUAAUCAUUACAAACGCUCUCUUGCUAACGCCAGUCUUUUCGUAUGGUGCUCCUCCAGAAGUGAACUAUGGAGCCCUAGGCAGCGGCGUGACACAUGAACUAAUGCACGGCUACGAUACGUUUGGCAGAAAUUAUGACGGUGCAGGACAUUUCAAACCGUGGUUUACCAACGAGAGUAUUGCGGAGUACGACAAGAUCGUUCGUUGCCACAACGAGACAAUUGAGAAAGCUCCGAAAGCUAGAGCUUACAAAGAUUAUCCCCUGGAGUAUCUAGCAGACACGAUGGGUACUACGUCCCUGUUGAGGGCAUACAAGGCGGCUUCGGAAAAGUCGCAUGUCAGUCUGGGCAACGUGAAGGGUUUUACGAAGGACAAGAUCUUCUAUAUUUCCGGAUGUCUAGUGUGGUGUGGAAAGGAAUUCCCAGACCUGAUGCCUCAAACCCAUCCGCCUUCGGAUGAAAGAUGCAACGUACCUCUUAUGGAUUCGCAACACUUCAGCGAAACCUUUUCUUGCCCAAAGGACUCGCCAAUGAAUCCCUCACACAAAUGUGUCUUCUGGUAAUAGCUCGCUUCGUUUGAAAGGAACUCCCAUGACACAAUAUGUCUCUGUCGUGCUUGUGAGUAAAUGUCCUACAGCUCACCUCAGUCACAACAAGCGAUAUACCGAAGGAGAAUACACCGCGUUCCCUGUCGCUGAAAAAGUUAGGGGUUGUCACUGAACAUUUGGAGGUGUUAGGGGGCUGCAAGGGGAGUCUGGAUAAAUCACUGCGACAAACUCA